AGGAAACCACGAGGGCAGUGUCCAAUCACGUGGAAAACCAAAACGUACAAUCCAAAGGAGCUAAAACACGAGCUACCGCCCAACAAAGUCCCCCCCACAGCCACAUCUAUCUGGCGGAGAGCGGAUCCGAACGACCACAUCGCGACACCACCGGACUCCCAUUUCUUUCUUUCUGCCGCCUUGCAAUCUCCCCGUCCUCCUCCCUCCCAUCCGGCGGCCUCUACCCGAUCUCAAACAGGAGGAGUUAGCUGAGAAUUGUGCAAGGAGUUUGCGGGGGGUAUUAUUAUUAUUAUUUGCUGGAAUUUUGUUUGGAGAAUGGCUUGUAAAGGGUUCUUCGAAUGCUUGUUGAAGCUUAUGAACUUCUUCUUGACCCUUAUUGGUCUGGCAAUGAUUGGAUAUGGAGUGUAUCUCUUUGUGGAAUACAAAAAUCAUUCUUCAUCUGUUCAUGGAGGCCUUAUGGACGCUCCCGGUUAUGAGGUGGUUCAGCUCGGUCGCCCUAUGCUAAUGGCUGUCUCUUUGGGUGACAACAUAUUCGAUAAGCUCCCGAAUGCAUGGUUCAUAUAUUUGUUCAUCGCUGUUGGAAUAGUUAUAUGUGUAAUAUCUUGCAUUGGCUGCAUUGGAGGAGCAACAAGGAAUGGAUGCUGCCUGUCUUGUUAUUCGGUGUUGAUAAUGUUGUUGAUAUUGCUGGAACUGGGAAUUGCUGCUUUUAUAUUCUUUGACAAAAGUUGGAAGAAGGAAAUCCCUACAGACAAAACGGGAAACUUUGAUAUGAUAUAUAAAUUUUUGGAAGAACACUGGGAUAUUGUCAGAUGGGCUGCCCUUGGGGCUGUAGUCUUGGAGGCACUCAUAUUCUUGUUGGCCAUUGUGGUGAGGGCUGUAAACGCACCGGCAGACUAUGACAGCGACGAUGAGUAUAUAGGUGUUUCCAGACAGCAGAUCCGCCAGCCGCUGAUCAGCAACAGGCAGCCUGCUCCCGCUCCAAGUGCACCUGCCGCUGCUACAAUUGACUCUCGUCCAUCAACUCGGAGUGAUGCUUGGAGUACACGCAUGAGGGAAAAGUAUGGGCUGGACACUUCGGAGUUCACGUACAACCCAUCAGAGUCGAACCGGUACCAACAAACGCCCGUACAACCCCAAGAGGAAAGCAGCCGAUGCGCCAUAAUGUGAGAAUAAUAUGGUUUGGGUUUUACAACUCCUCUUUUCCAAGCACUAUUAACUUUUCAAAAAAAAAAACUGUUUAGUUGUUACUAUGAUUGAUUUGUAUGGUUAUGAAUGAAUGUGUGCAUGCACAAGCUAUGAAUGUGGUAUGAAGUUCAUGUACAAACCCGAGCUUUUGUCUUGAUUGUGCGAAUUUGCAUUCUGUUUCUACGAAACGGAAUCGUGUUUUUGACCCUACUCGGAGGUGGGAUUUUAUCGGGUUUGUUGUUAUUGUUACUGCAUUGUUUGGAAGUUUGGUGUUCUAUUCUCCAACAAGGUUGGAGAGUAGAUCAUAGUAUGAGAAGAAUGGGUUGGUGAAGAAACUGUAAAUUCUGAA